GGGCUUGACAGGAGGGCUCCCAGACUGCUGUCCCCUGCUUUCCAGGCAGCCAUGGCCAUGGCCUGGAGCAGGGAGGAGGAGGAGGAACCCCGGAAGUGUGCCGUGUGUGGGGACCGGGCCACGGGCUACCACUUCCACGCGCUGACCUGUGAGGGCUGCAAAGGUUUCUUCAGACGCACCAUCCACAGAGGCGCCCGUCUCUGCUGCCCCUUCGUGGGACGCUGUGAGCUCACCCGGGCACAGAGGCGGCACUGCCCGGCCUGCCGCCUGCGCAAGUGCCUGGCAGUGGGCAUGAGGAAGGACAUGAUCCUGUCGGCUGAGGCCCUGGCACUGCGGAGGGCCAGGCUGGCAGAGCGGCGGGCCCAGCGGCUGAGCAAGGAGCAGAAGGCGCUGGUGGAGAUGCUGCUGGGGGCGCAUGCGCGGCACGUGGGGCCGAUGUUUGAGCGCUUAGUGCAGUUCAGGCCCCCGGCACACCUGUUCGCGCACUGUCCGCCUGGGACCUCCCCGGGGCCAGUGCUGCCGCUGCUCACGCACUUCGCGGACAUCAGCACCUUUGUUUUGGAGCAGAUCAUCAAGUUCUCCAAGGAUCUGCCCCUCUUCCGGUCGCUGCCCAUAGAGGACCAGAUCUCCCUGCUCAAGGGCGCGGCCCUGGAGAUAUACCACAUCCUGAUCAACUUCACCUUCUGCCCCAAGAGCCGCCACUUUCUGUGCGGGGAGCUCCGCUACUGCAAGGAGGAUGCGGUGUACGUGGGCUUCCAGGAGGACUUCCUGGAGCUGCUGCUGCACUUCCACGGGGCGCUGCGGGCCCUGCAGCUGCAGGAGGCGGAGUACUUGCUGCUGGCCGCCAUGUCCCUCUUUUCUCCCGACCGGCCUGGGGUCACCGGGAGAGACCACAUAGACCGACUGCAGGAGGACGUGGCACUGACCCUACAGAGUUACAUCAGGAGCCAGCAGUCUGUGCCCAGGACCCGGUUCCUGUACGCCAAGCUGCUGGGCCUGCUGGUUGAGCUUCGGAGCAUCAACAGCGCGGUCGGGCACCAGAUCCAGCACGUGCAGGCCUUCUGGGCCAUGACGCCACUGCUCCAGGAGAUCUACAGCUGA